GCACAAGUCUACCUGACCAGUUUACUUAAACGUGCGACCAGCACGUUUUUCAUUCCGAAAACUGGAGGAUCCUGUGCCCGGAAGAGACGUCCCAUCUCUCUCCCGUAUCUCGUCCAUCCGCGUUGUCACGUGUUUACGUCGUGUUUCGUGAAGCGCGCCUCGUGCCGCCGCCGAUUCCCGCGCAAUGCCACAGUUCACUGCCGCUAAUCGAACAGUACGCGUGUACAAAGUGGCGCACAUGGAGUACUUGCUACAAGCCCGCGGUCACCAACGCAGCUCUUCAGAUACACAGGCGUUCCGCGAGCGCACGAAGAGAGAUGCGAGGGACGAGCUGCAGCGCGAACUCGAGAAGCUGGAGACCACCGCCCGUGAGAACAAGAAGGCGAUGAUCAGCCGGCAGUUCGCCGGAUUCCAACACCUGUUCGAGCGUUUCCUGCAGGAGGAAGGCCCGUCUUUGGAAUGGGAUCAUAUUCAGAGGCUGCCCGAAGAUGCGGUCAAGGAUUACAAUUCCUUGCCGUCACCGGAGACGAACGAAGUGAAGGAGCUGUUGGAUAAAUUGGUUGUGGUGAAAUUGAACGGUGGUCUUGGAACGAGCAUGGGAUGCCACGGACCGAAAUCCGUGAUCGCUGUGCGGAAUGGACUUACUUUUCUGGAUCUGACUGUUCAGCAAAUUGAGCAUCUAAAUAAAACGUAUAGCGCUAACGUGCCACUCAUACUGAUGAAUUCGUUUAACACGGACGACGAUACGCAACGCAUAAUUAGGAAGUACAAAGGAAUCGAUAUAGACAUCUAUACUUUUAAUCAGAGCUGUUAUCCGCGCAUAAACAGGGAUUCUCUCCUUCCAAUCGCUAAACACUGUCAAAUUGAUGAGGAUAUAGAAGCUUGGUACCCACCCGGCCACGGAGACUUUUACGAGAGUUUCGAAAAUUCUGGUUUGCUCAAAAAAUUUAUUCGUGAGGGUCGCGAAUAUUGUUUUAUCUCGAACAUAGAUAAUCUUGGUGCUACAGUAGACAUAAAAAUCUUAAAGUCGCUGUUGAGCAAAAGGCCGGAACCGUCUCUUGAAUUCGUGAUGGAAGUAACCGACAAAACACGAGCGGAUGUCAAGGGUGGCACACUUAUAAAAUAUGAGGAUAAACUUCGUCUCCUUGAAAUAGCUCAAGUUCCCAAGGAUCAUAUCGACGAUUUUAAAUCUGUUAAGACAUUUAAAUAUUUCAACACCAACAAUCUUUGGAUUAAACUUAGUGCCAUUGAGAGAGUUCUUGAGCAAAAAGCGUUGAAUUUGGAGAUAAUUGUAAACAACAAAACCUUUACCAAUGGUCUAAAUAUAAUACAACUUGAAACAGCUGUAGGAGCAGCUAUGAAAUCAUUCGAAGGCAGUAUCGGUAUAAGUGUUCCGCGCAGUAGAUUUUUGCCAGUGAAAAAGACCUCCGAUCUGAUGCUUGUAAUGAGUAAUUUAUAUACACUGCGCAACGGAUCUCUCAUAAUGAGUCCUCAAAGAAUGUUUCCCACGACGCCUCUCAUCAAAUUGGGGGACAAUCAUUUUUCGAAAGUGAAAGAAUUUCUGACCAGAUUUCCGACAAUACCGGAUCUCCUCGAAUUGGAUCAUUUGACAGUGUCGGGUGACGUUACUUUUGGUAAAGGGGUAACGCUGAAAGGCACUGUCAUUAUAAUUGCCAAUCACGGAGAACGCAUCGAUUUGCCUUCUGGUACCGUUUUAGAAAAUAAAAUUGUGUCGGGCAAUCUACGCAUAUUGGAUCACUAAGUCGCAGCGGCGGGCAAAGAAGCGUCUUAAUUCAUCUCGCGGAGAUCGUGUGAAUGUUUGAGAGAACAGGGUUUGCGCAUCAGCAUCGUGCUUUUAGCAAUCAUGUCCUAAUUUAAAUUAACUAGUCAAGCGAUUCAAUUGUAUAUAUUUAUAAUAUUUUAGAGAGAAAGGCCAGAGAUAUAUUUCUAUAUAAAAAUUAUUUUACUGAAUUGUAUAUAAGAACUUAUAUAUAAAGAUUGAGAUAUCAAGAGAAAUUUAUAAUAUGUAAAAUAUAUACUGUUGUGUAAGUAUGGGAGUUUACAAGGCAUACUAUAUUACUAUAUUAUAAUGAAUAAAUGUUCUUUCAAAUUUUAA